AUGUCUGCGAUUCUGACGCAACGACAAAAAACGCUCACAACACACCAGGACACACAACCCAGUACACCACAGCUCACAACACACCAGGACACACAACACAGCACACUACAGAUCAUAACACACCAGUACAUACAACACAGCACACCACAGCUUACAACACACCAGGACACACAACACCACAGCUCACAACACACCAGGACACACAACACAGCACACUACAGAUCACAACACACCAGGACACACAACACAGCACACCACAGCUCACAACACACCAGGACAUACAACACAGCACGCCACGGCUCACAACACACCAGGACACACAACACAGCACACCACAGCUCACAACACACCAGUACGUACAACACAGCACACCACAGCUUACAACACACCAGGACACACAACACAGCACACCCCAGCUCACAAAACACACCAGGACAUACAACACAGUACACCACAGCUCACAACACACCAGGACACACAGCACAGAACACCACAGCUCACAACACACCAGGACACACAACACAGCACACUACAGAUCACAACACACCAGGACACACAACACAGCACACCACAGCUCACAACACACCAGUACAUACAACACAGCACACCACAGCUUACAACACACCAGGACACACAACACAGCACACCCCAGCUCACAAAACACACCAGGACAUACAACACAGCACACCACAGCUCACAACACACCAGGACAUACAACACAGCACACCACAGCUCACAACACACCAGGACACACAACACAGCACACUACAGAUCACAACACACCAGGACAUACAACACAGCACACCACAGCUCACAACACACCAGGACACACAACCCAGCACACCACAGCUCAUAACACACCAGGACAUACAACCCAGUACACCACAGCUCAUAACACACCAGGACAUACAACACAGCACACCACAGUUCACUACACUGAAGAACACACAACUCAAUACACCACAACUUGCAGAACGACUGACUUCAACACCCGUUUCUUCUUUAAACUCAAUUGUAGCACUGUCUCAUCCAGCAGGUUAG